CCGCUACUAUAGUUAUCGUCACGUUUAUUUCGAAGUUACUACAAUAACACGCGCGCUGUUUGUUUACUAACACUUAAGAGACUUUUCAGUUAGUGUAUUUAUGUUACUACCUAUGGCGCUUACUAUGACUCUCGGUCACCAAAACAAGAUGUACAAUGUUAUCCAGCAUUCUACACCUCAAACUAAUUGUGUAAUUGUUACUCAACCGAAAACUUCUACGAUUUCUAACAAACGGCCUUUGGCUCCAGCGCCAGAACGUUCUUCGGUAUUAGUUACUAACAACGAUUUGAGAUGCAAAAGGAAAAUCCAGUUUAUGCCUUACGGUGCUCCACCACAACAACCAGCUUCUGUAGCUAGACGAAACGCUAGAGAAAGAAAUCGCGUUAAACAAGUUAACAAUGGUUUCGCUACUUUACGUUCACACAUUCCACCCAGUGUUGCUCAAGCUCUAUCUCCUACGGGAUCCACGUCGUCGCAAGCAAGUAGAGGCGCUUCUAAAAAACUUAGCAAAGUAGAAACUUUAAGAUUAGCUGUAGAAUAUAUCAGAUGCUUGCAGCAAAUGAUUGAUGAUCAUGAAAGCGAUAUGGGAAACUCGUCUCUAACUAGUGAUCAAAUUAACGAUAAUAGAUAUUACACUAGCAGUCCCGAUUCCACUCACCUUUAUACAUCUUAUCCAGUUUUGCUUCCAACUCCUGCUUGUUCAGAAGCUUCUACCUCACCGACACCUUCACAUAGUUCUGAAGGAUCUUUUUCCACAACGCAAAGUUAUUCCACAACAUUGUACCAUCCCGCUGAAAACUAUGAAAAUUAUGAUCCGAAGAGUCCUGAGGAUGAAGAACUCUUAGACGCUAUUUUUUCAUGGCAACAAGAAUGAUCAUCCCAAAAUUCAGAACAAGCACGGCCAGUGAAAUGUCUAAUCAAAAAAAAUUGCUCCAACCAGGAAACCUAGUGCCUUCAUUCCCAGCGAGUGAUAUUUUUUCUACAAUAUAUAAUUGAAGAAUCUCAAGAGUUUAUAAAUGUUGUUUCUAGUCAUUGUUUUUGUAUAUAUUAAAAAGUUGUAUAUAUUGUUUAUAUUAUAGUUUAUAAGCAUUAUUUUAGUUGAAAAGUGUCGCAAUAAAGUUCAAAAAAAUUUAGUAUGUUAUGGGUACUUAACAAAAAAUUUGCUCUCUAUUUUAUAAAAGAAUAUCGUACUCAAUAAGAUCAGUUUUUACGUUGUUAAGUUGGUAGUUGUUUAAGUAUUUUGACCUGCCUUUUUCGAGAUACGUUUGUAAAUAAUUAUUUUUGAUAUAAUGCAUAUUGCAAACCCAUGUACUGAUA